UUCACAGGGUGAGCUAUACUAGCGACCCACUUUUCCAAAAAGAAAUAAUUCGAUGAAUUGUUCUUGUUGUCUCAUGUGUUUGUGGCUGAACGUAACCUUACACCUUACCUUGACUACACCCUGGCCAUUAAAGAUGGCCACUCGCUUCUGGCGACUAAGUCUUUGAGUCGCACUGGGAUUCGAGAUGGAGCUGUUUGUUUGCUGGGCUGUCACCAAAGCAAUGCUGCAUAUGGUCAGCAAAAUGAUGGCAACAACCUGCUGAUAAUCCGACCUGUUUGUUUUAGUGCACAUGGCAAACUGUGGCCAAAUCUGCCGCUUUACAAACAGAACUGAGAAAUCCAAUGAAACAAUUGUUGACCAAACAAAUUCACACCUUCAAAGCAGGGGAUCCACUAUGCACUGUCUAUGACUUUAUACUCUAAUCUACUGAAAUCUACCAAUUCCAUGGUGUAGAGUAUAGCCAUAUCGUCUUUUAUGGUAUGCCAGAUGAUUGAGAUUCCUUUCAGUCACGCUUCUAAAGCAACUUGGCGUUGCGCAUGCGUUCCACUUUUUGACAUAUUUAUUAAUUUUUUGUUGUCUUUUUACGGUUCUAAUUGGUGUUCACGCAUAGAUUUGGUCAAUGCUCUGCUUAUUAACAGUUUGUCUUAAUUAAAGACCCAAAUAAACAAUGAAAACCCAGUCCCGGAUUUCUGACGCGAGUGUCCACUGUCACUUCUUCACACACAUCGCCAUGCAUCGCAUAAAGCAUCACAACGGAAACUUUGUGACCAGUUUGGUCCUCUUAAUCAUCUCGAGCAUCAAUCACAUACGCGUCACGCAUGGUAUAUUAUUGUUUCCAUCCUCGACAGUUCUACAAUUAACCUCAUCUCUAUCAAUGCCACUGGAUUUACCUGUUCGAACUAAGGUUUUCGCCGACAUGGGUUUUCAGAUGAACUACAAUUUGCCCUAUGAUCCAGCAUCAUUCUAUAAUGCAACCAUAUGGGCAGAUGAGUUGGCACGCCGCCACAAACGACAACUUGACUAUGGGAUGCCGUUGCACAAUGAUCUACUAAACGAAGGUAUCCAUCCACAAGACUUUACAGCUGGUGAAAUGUACGCGGGCAUUGAGCGUCUAUUGCCCGACUAUGGCUUCCAUAAGUCCUGUUUACUACGCAGUGUCUGCGAAUUGGCCUUACAUCCAUUUAGUGAAAGUCAUAAAUAUAAUCUAAUUACACAGAUAAUUGUGUUCUUGCUGACACCAUCACAACAUGAAGGAUUUAGUGAUAGGGAAAAACUCUAUCGAAAUAGAUAUGAACGGGCCGAGCAAAUUGGCUUUUUUGGCGGUGAUUGCCAGCAUUCAUAUCCCAAAUGUGAAUUGGAUAUAUUGAGUGUAAUCACUAGACUGGUUAGAUGAAAUAAAUUGUUAUGUAAAUAAAAACACGUUUUAAUUGAGUUAA